AUGGUCAAGGUGGCGGGAGGUGGAUUCUUGUCUACUUUGGGCCGUGCUAGAGGAGUCGAGAUCGAGAUUGCGGGGCAGUCAAUGCCAGCAGACUUAGUCAUCAGUCCGGUGGAGCUGUAUGACGUUAUUCUCGGGAUGGACUGGUUGUCACACUACAGAGUUCAUCUGGAUUGCUACAGAGGUAGAGUGGUCUUCGAGCGAGAUGCAGGGAGGUUGGUUUAUCAGGGAGUGAGACCGACUUCCGGGAGUAUUGUGAUAUCUGCUAUUCAGGCUGAGCAGUUGUUAGAGCGGGGUUGUGAGGCGUAUCUGGCGACGAUUUCUAUGUCUGAGUCAGGAGCUGGAGUUGUUAUGGGAGAUAUUGAGGUUGUCCAGGAUUUUGAGGAUGUCUUUCAGUCAUUGAAGGGAUUACCACCAUCUCGGUCUGAUCCUUUCACGAUUGAGUUAGAGCCGGGGACAACACCGAAUAUCGAAGACGCCUUACAGGAUGGCGCCAGCUGA